UUAUGAAUGUUGUCAGUCAACACAAGGUGCAAUAUUUUGAUUAAAAUUGUUUUUGUUAUCAGUAUUGAGCUAAUUGAGUUUGCAUAUAAUUGCAUCCCAACUGUACCGUAAAUUCUUUAAGCGUAGUGUUAGUGUAAAGAACAUUCUAGAUUCUAGGUUUGAACGAUUUGCGGUUGAGGUCUCCUUUAUCGUCUUGUAAACAUGUUUGCAGAAAUUGAAAACACUUUUCUUUAUUUCGCUUACGGCAGUAAUCUACUAAAAAGAAGGAUUCACAUCAAUAACCCCUCAGCAAAAUUCUUAGGAAUAGGACGUUUAGAGAAUCAUCUGCUUGAUUUUAUCAAAUAUUCUGAUCACUGGAGAGGAACCUCAGCCACUAUUGUGCCCAACUCAGGAUCGCAUGUAUGGGGAGCAAUAUGGAGGUUACAUAAUAGCGAUAUGCCUGCAUUAGACAAGCAAGAAGGUGUUGAAACCAAUUGGUAUUUUGCUAAAACUGUGGACAUUAUGCUACCGGACGGUUCCCAGACCAAGUGUAGAACAUAUCAACAAACAAUCAAUCCUCCAAUUAGGAAAGAUGGUGAAGAACUACCUCUAGAUCGCAGACCUUGUAUAACAUAUUUAGACUGUAUUAUUAAUGGAGCAAUUGAAUGCAAAUUACCUGAAUAUUACAUUGAAGAACUCAAAAAAAUACCCCAUAACGGACAAGAGGCAUCACCUAACAUGAUUGCAAAACUAAACAAAAGUUCAUAACUCUCAAAGUACUCUUUUUAUUCAGUGCAAUAAAGAGUUUCCAAACAUGAAGCUGUGAUGACUAAUAUGACUUUAUUCAAAUGUAUAAAUAAAAGGAAUAUGUG